CCCUAGCAAUGCUAUAAACACGCUUAUAUAUACAAAUGUACUUUUUUUCAAGGAAUGUAAUGAAACAACUGUGUACUUCAUUCAUAUAUAAUGUAAUGAACAAUCUAUUACACACACCGAUUAAAUUAUUUCAUAAAAAUUUGUUAUGAUUCUCCAUAAAUGUAAUUAACUAACAAACUCUGUACGUGUAUUACAAAAUAACUUGUUUUUCUUGUGCAAAGAAACAAUAUGUCCACUAUCCUUUUUGGCGUUCACAAUUUUCUAUUUAUCACAUAUUACAAUAUAAAUGUGAGAUGAUGUGAUUGCAUUAAUUGUUUGUUUGACAAUGUACUGUAUUGCGGAACUUGUUCUUGAAUUUUGUUUGUGAAUCAUGACAGAGUCGGAACUUUGCCGGCUCUGCGCCGAAACCAAAGAGAAUUUUAUUGGAAUUUACGAAGCAGAAGGACAAAAAUUAGCCAUAGAAGCUAAAAUUGCUAAAUGUUUACAAAUUCAGGUAUUAACUAAUGAUGGAUUACCACUUACAGUUUGUAUAGAUUGUUGUAUUUUAUUGAAUCAGUGUAGUGAAUUUUUUGAGAAAACCAAUCAAGCGCAAGUGUCUUUAAGACAAUUACUUCUAGAUCCUAAAGUUGAGCCACAAUCAUUAGAAUCAAAUAUAAAUUAUAUUGAUAAAACUAUUGCAUUUCCAAAAGAAGAAAUUGGCGAAGGAAUUGUUGAAUGUCAUUUAUCAAAUUAUAUCCAUGAUACAUCUAAUGCUUCACAUAAUUACUUUAUUGAAGAAAAUAAAAAUGAUAGCCAUCAAAAAUAUGAAAAUGAAGAACCUCAAGAUAAUGUGAAACAAAAAAAAUGUAAAAUUCAAUUUAAAAAAACGCCGCUUAAACAAACUCGAAAAAAAUUAAAACGGAAAAGUCAAAAAAUGGAGGACCCAGACGUAUACAUAAGUGCUGAUUUAAAAAAAGAACAUAAAAAUAUAGAUAUGAAAACAAAUAUUAAAAUUCCAGAUAAUUAUAUGACAGGUACUGAUACAGACUUAGAAAUUAUAGAAGCACAUACAGUAGAAAUAUUAAAACGCAAAAGAGAAGAAAGUUUAAAUAGGUAUCCAUGGCUUUGCACUGAUUGUAAUGAUAAAUUGCCUAGUUUAGAAAAGUUAGAAGAACAUCAUGAAACUAUUCACAAUCAACAAGCAAAAUAUAUGUGUGUUUUAUGUUGUAAAGUUUAUGAUAAAUAUUAUGGUUUUCUUACUCAUGUCAAACGACACAAAAACAAGACAAAAUUCAGUUGUGAAGAUUGUGGAAAAUCAUUUGUACAUAAAAAGGUGUUAGAUUCUCAUAAAGCAAUUCAUAGUAAGGAACGAUCUCAUGUAUGCCAAACCUGUGGGAAAGCAUUUAAACAACAAAGUGCAUUAUAUAUUCAUAGUCGGUGUCAUUUACCAGAUACUAUGAAAAAUAGAUUUCCAUGUGAUCAGUGUGACAAAAGAUUUUCAACAAAACCAAAUUUAGUCACACAUAAACGUAUCCAUUCUGGUGUUAGAAAUUUUACAUGUGAUCAGUGUGGCAAGAGCUUUAUUCAAAAAGGAAAUCUAGAAGCUCAUUUUUUAACUCACUCUGCAGAUAAGCCAUAUAAUUGCAGUCAAUGCUCAAAAGCUUUCAAAACACCACUACAGUUGAAAAAACAUGAGACAGUUCAUACAGGUGCUAAACCACAUCAAUGUGCUGUAUGUGGAAGAACUUUUAGAGAAAAAGGUACCUUAAGGGAACAUCACAGAAUACAUACUGGUGCAAUGCCAUUUACAUGUGAAUUUUGCGGUAAAUGUUUUCGAUUUAAAGGAAUAUUAACUACACACAGAAGACAACAUACUGGCGAACGUCCAUAUAGUUGUUUAGAAUGUCAACAUCAUUUUACAAAUUGGCCAAAUUAUAAUAAGCAUAUGAAACGUAGGCAUGGAAUUAAUACAUCUCAUGCAAAGCAUUUGUCACAAUCUCAACAGAUACAAUCACAGCAGCAAUUACCAGAGCAGCAAUCAGAACAGUCACAAGCAGAUCACUCAAAUGUUUCAGAACAUUCACUUUCUAUAUCUCCUACGGAAUCAUCAGCUGUACAUGUCACUGAGAUCCGACCGUCUAUAUCUUCUAUUUUUCUCACUGAUUAUACGUAUAAACGAGGAAAUUAAAAAGAAGUCCCAUCAAAAUCAGUGAUGAGACACCUUUCUUACAAAUUGAUCAUUUUAUGAACUGAUGCAGAUGCUGGAUUGUUGGAUAUGUAUCCAAUAUCCAUUUACAAAUCUAAGUAAUGGGGUAUACAAUAUUCUAAUGGCCCAAUCUUCUAAGUCAAUGCAAUUUCGAUUUACUUAGCAUAUCUAAUCUGUAAGUUGGCUGCAAAUUAAUACUUAGUAAAAAAUUAGUAUACCAUGUGUAUGAAUAGUUCGCCAUAACCAUAUGAGUGUUAAGGAUGGUCCCAUUGAAUACUGAGAUUUAGUAAUACUGUGGAUGAUUGUAUUUUUAAAUACUUUUGUGACCUUUGCAAAAUAUACACUUGUACUAAAAUAUCUUGCAACUUUUGCAUUUUUAGAAUCGUUUAAAAUUUUAUCAAUAUAAUCAUGAUAGUUGUAACAAUCAUAAUAGUUAAUCACAUUUCUCUAUGGAUUGGUCCUUGUAUCACAUUAUUUCAUAUAAAAAAGUAUUAAGUUGCUUAUGCCAAACGAGAUGCAUUAACCAACGCAUAGAGAAAUGUGAUUAUUUUAAAAAAACUUGGAAUUAAAAAACUCUACGUGUCCACGCGCAAAGAAACUAAUAACUUCAUGUCGUGUCCUUUUCGAGGCCAUGCAACUCUUGUUUUAUAAUAUCGUAUAUCUUUUAUAAUAAUGUAAAAUUAUGAAGCUAGUUGCUUCAUUCUAUUUAUGGUUGGCUACUUCAUGCGCUAAGGAAUUCCCUGUUUCUGCAUUAAUAUCACGUUAUUUAUUUCUUAUCUGACUGCAAAAUGUAAAUAUAUUGUAAAUAACGUCACCGCAAAAACCAAUAGAACUUUAAUAUAAUUUUUCAAGAGUACGAUUAAUUUAUGACUCAUGGUUCCUUUUGCAAAGUUGGUAAUACGAUGCAAACAGAAAAUGUAACUUUUUGAUCUUGAAAUUCUAGGUCAAGAUCAAAAUCAAUUUUGCGGCAGUUUUUUUACAUUAAUCUCCACCAAACCAAGAGUGCAGGAUCACAUUGUGAUGGUUCCGACACUUAUUUUCCUUGCAUCCUAUACAUUCAAUUAAAGGCAAUAUAAGGUAUAUAAACAUAUAUAAAUCCUUUGACUAUAACAAUUAUUUUUUCAAUCUCUUAAAUAUUCGCUUUUUUCUCGAUUUUAUCGCGUUUCUGAUUUCGAUUAACGUUAUCUCAGCAUUACUAAAUUCAUUAGCCAUUGUACUUAUUUCUAUACGUUUGCCUUGAUUUUCUUGCACUUUCUUGCUUACAUUCAAACAUCAGUUUGUGGUCAUCAUGUAAUUUUAGGUUUUAAAAAUCUCCGAAAACGGUCGAUUUGAUAAUCGUUGGGAUCUUAUAUAAUAUUUGCACGCGCGUGCUGAAUAACGAAUGACACUUUCUCGAAAGAUCAAUCUUACUAACAAGAUACAAAAGCAAUACAUUAGUUCACCGUAAAGUCGGUGUGACGCAACGUAGACGGAUUGAAAUGAGAACUAUUUGAAAAUUAUAUUAAAAAAAAACCUUUUGAUAUUUUAUUUACAGUAACUGCCGAAAGUAUUCGAAUACUCGCCAUAGAAUUUUUUAAUGAAUAUAUUAUGUGCAUUACAUGAAAUUUUUUGAACCAACAACACACAUCAUGAUUAUAAUAAUAAGAGGAAUUGGUUCGAAAAAGUUUAUAGAAGUUAUUAGACAUUCGUUGCGAACAUAUAUUUUAUGUAAAAUUAGUAUAUAGUGUGAGUAGUCGUCUUAAACAUAAAAUUAGUGAUAAAGAUGGUCUCAUUACAUGUGGCUUAUUGAUAUAACAAAUAAUUGACUGUUCAAAUAUUUUGGUGAUCUUUGCGAAAUAUAUAAUUUACUCCUAAUAAAUAUCUUGUAACUUCUAUAUACAUUUUCAGAUUCGUUUCAAAUACCAAUGUAAUCACCAUAAUCGCGUUGCGUUAUAGUGUUAAUAAAAUUUUAAAAUACUUUGUAUAACAUACAAGGUGUCCCAAAUUUAAACAAUUGAACUUGAUCAGUAUGUUCUGUGAAUGUAAAUGAGAAAAAACGUCAUAUAAACAUAGGACGGCAAAUGCUUUCGGAAAAAGUUAUAACAAAAAUAUUGAUUGGUCGGGGAGGACACAUUUGGACCGCCAGGUUGUUGGGAUCGCCAGAUCUUAAAUUAAUAGACUUUUAUCAGUGAGGAAUAGUGAAAGUGAUUGUGUAUAGUAUAAAAGUCAAAUCGCAGAAGAAAAGACAAGAACUAAAAGUAGAAAGGAUUAAUGAUGCAUUUACUGAACUAAAGCAAGAUAAACAUGAAAUCGGAGAGUAAUAAAAUUCAAUUUCCCUACGAUAUCAAGCUGGUAUUCGAAACGGGAGACGGCAUUUUGAGAUGAAAACAUAAAUUAAUUUUUUCACUGUAAUAAAACGUAAUAAUAAAGUGUUUGCGAAUCUGUCUAUAUAACAUUUUUUCUUAUUUCUGCUCAUAGAACGCUGCGGAAAUUUGAUUAUUGAAACUUGGGGCACCCUCUAUACGCUACCAUAUAAAAAUAUUUGAAUAUUUGGUGCAAUUCAACCAAAACAUUGAAAUUUUUAUUAUAUUUUCAACAUUAUGAUGGAAGAUUGCUUCUCUACUUGCUAAUUUUUUACUUCUUGUCAUAACUCGGAUCAAAUGUUUUGUUACAUUGAAGUUUUGUUGAAUUGAUUGAAAAUCCAUAUUUAUUUCUAACAAAUAACUAAUACCUCGGAAAAUCUAUAUAAACUUCUAGAAUAUGGUUGGAAAUACAUCUCAAUUAAUUUUGCCAUAAUUCAAUCUCUAGCCAUUGUUAAUGUUUCAUUUUAUUUACAUUAAUAAAUAUUAACUAUAGUUUUUAUCAAUAAGAUCAGAGGCAAAAAUUAGAUUAAAGGCCUUUAUUUACAGUAUAUCCUAUAUAUUUGCAAUACAUAAUUU